AUGCAUUGGUUAUUAAUUGGAUUACAUAGUGGCAUGAAGCCGAUUCCACAAGAUUUGUUAAGUGCGGUGGUGCCAUUGUUAAAGCUUUUGUCUCUAACAAUUAUAGGAUUAAUACUUGCUCAUCAAAAAACCCAAAUCAUCCCCAAAUCCACAUUUAAGCUACUAAGCAAGCUUGUAUUUGCUCUCUUUUUACCCUGCCUUAUAUUUAAUGAUUUGGGGCGAUCAAUUACCCUACAUAACCUUGCUCUUUGGUGGUUCAUCCCUGUGAAUGUGUUAAUCAGCACUGUUUUAGGGUUCUUGUUGGGUAUCGUGGUUGUGUUGCUAUGCCGCCCGCCGCCGCAGUUUGUGAGAUUCACCAUAGUUAUGACUGCUUGUGGGAACACCGGUAAUCUCCCCAUUGCUAUCUUGGGUUCACUUUGUCAUAAUAAAGAUAAUCCAUUUGGACCACAUUGCCACCAAAGAGGUGUGGCUUAUGUCUCUUUGGCGCAAUGGGUAUCUGUCGUUCUUGUUUACACUCUCGUUUAUCAUAUGAUGGAGCCUCCAAUGGAAUACUAUGAGAUCAUUGAAGAAGAAAAUGUUGAAAAUGGCAUGGAUACUCCAUGUAGGCCUCUGGUUGUGGAAGCAGAAUGGCUUGGUGGCAUUGAGGAAACUGAAGUUUCAAGAACACCGGUUUUUGCCAAUACCUUUAAAAGCUUCUUUAGUGGUUCAAAAUCCUCUCCUAACCCUCCAGAUGAUGAAGAAAUACAAGCACAUGAAAAUGAAACCAAUACUGAAUCCAUAAGGUGCUUUGCUGAGCCAAAAGUGGUCCAAAAGAUGAGACUUGUUGCAGAAAGGACUCCUAUCAAAAAUAUUAUUCAACCUCCAACAAUAGCUUCUCUGUUAGCUAUAAUCAUAGGUUCGAUCCCUCAAGCCAAAGCUUUUGUUUUUGGACAAGAUGCGCCCCUUGGUUUCAUAACAGAUAGUUUAGCGAUCUUGGGUGGUGCCAUGGUUCCUUCAGUCAUGCUUAUUUUGGGCGGCAUGCUUGCUGAGGGACCAAACGACUCUAAACUUGGACUGAAAACAACCAUUGGUGUAACCGUGGCUAGAUUAUUAGUGCUUCCAUUAUUAGGAAUCGGAGUUGUGGCUUUGGCUGGUAAGAUGCAUCUUCGUGUUGCCACUGAUGCUAUCUAUGGAUACGUGCUCUUGUUGCAGUAUGCGACCCCAAGUGCCAUUCUUCUGGGAGCGGUGGCCAGAAUGAGAGGUUAUGCUGUUACCGAAUCCUCAGCACUUCUGUUUUGGCAACAUUUAUUCGCACUCUUUUCACUUUCUUUUUACAUAUUCAUCUACUCUAAACUGCUUCCACUUGUUUGA